AGGAGUUGUGGAAAGGUAAGUCGUCCACGCUAUAGAAAUCAUUCCAGGGAGUAAGACUCCAAAGGGAAGGAUCUAUAGGAUGGCCCCCGCCGAGUUAGAUGAACUUCGGCGACAGCUUAAGGAGCUGACAGAGAAGGGUUGGAUUCGGCCUAGUACUUCCCCUUACGGAUCACCCGUGCUAUUCGUACCGAAGAAGGGGGGUACUUUGAGGAUGUGCAUUGAUUAUAGAGGCCUCAAUGCCAUCACUGUGAAAAACGCAGAGCCUCUACCGCGCAUAGACGACCUAUUGGAUAGGGUGCAGGGAUGCAAGUACUAUAGCAAGAUAGACUUGAAAUCUGGAUAUCACCAGAUCGCAAUAAGACCUGAGGACCAACACAAGACAACUUUUCAGACUCGUUAUGGUCUGUAUGAGUUUGUAGUGAUGCCCUUUGGUCUUUGUAAUGCGCCGGGUACGUUCCAGCACGCUAUGAAUCGGAUCUUCCAUGACCAUUUAGAUAAGUUUGUCGUGGUAUACCUUGACGACAUUCUGAUCUUUAGUAAGUAUGUCGAGGAGCACGCACAACAUGUUGAGACAGUUCUCUCACUCCUGCGACAGCACAAGUAUAAGGUCAACUUAGAGAAGUGCGAAUUUGGUCGCACUAAGAUACUAUACUUGGGUCAUGAAGUAUCCGCGGAGGGAAUUAGGUCGGAAGAUGCGAAGGUGGCUAGUAUUCGAGACUGGCCACGACCUCAGACAGUCACUGAGGUCAGAUCAUUCUUAGGAAUGUGCGGCUACUAUAGGAACUUCGUAAAGAACUAUUCUACAGUCGCCUCUCCUUUGACUGAUCUAACUCGACUUGACACACCGUGGGACUGGAGUGAUGAGUGCAAGGGUGCUUUCAAGAGAUUGAAGCAUGCACUCAUGAAUCAUGAGGUUCUCAUGGUUCCCGUUCCGCAGAAGCCAUUCAUAGUGACCACUAACGCAAGCCAAUACGGCAUUGGCGCAGUGCUGGCUCAGCAGGAUGGGAAAAAGUUGAGACCGAUUGAGCACAUGAGCAAGAAGAUGCCAUCAAAGAAGUUGGCAAAGUCCACCUACGAGAGGGAACUCUAUGCUCUGUAUAAAGCACUUGUCCAUUGGAGACACUUCCUUUUAGGAAGGUUCUUCUACUUGAGGACCGAUCCUCAAAACCUCAAAUGGAUCAAGACUCAACCGACUCUUUCUGAUGCACUCAAGCGAUGGAUUGAGGUCAUAGAUCAAUAUUACUUCAAGCUUGAGUACCUGAAGGGAGAGUAUAACAAGGUUGCUGAUGCGCUAUCACGUAGAGCAAACUACCUAGGUGCGCUAGUUUCUGACUUCGGCGUAUCUAAAGAAGUAACUCAAUCAUUAGUGGGAGCCUAUCAGGAAGACCCUGUCACGAUGGACAUCAUUCGCAAGCUUCAGGCAAAAGUCAAGGCCACGAAAAGUGAGUUUGUGAUGGUGGACGGGUUACUCUAUCUUGAUAAGGCAGGAAUAAAAAGGUUAGUAGUUCCAUCUAGUGAACCCUUGCGUAGUUUAUUUUUAGGCGAAUGCCAUAACGCAACUGCGCACUUUGGCUACAAGAAGACGAGUGCUAACUUAGUACAGCGAUUUUGGUGGCCUGGUAUGUUUGAUGACGCAAAGAAGUACGUAGAGACCUGUCAGGUCUGUCAGCGGGAUAAGCCGCGAACUCAAGCACCGCUUGGGUUGUUGAAGCCUUUACCUAUCCCUGCUGGUCCAGGACAGAGUGUCUCCAUGGAUUUCAUGGACACCCUGGUGACUAGUAAGAGUGGCAAGAGGCACAUCUUCGUCAUCAUCGACCGAUUCACCAAGUACGCUAGACUAGUGGCUAUGCCAGAGACCGUAAGAACUGACUUCGUCAUCAAGUUUUUCAAAGACAACUGGGUGCGUGACUUUGGUUUACCAAAGUCAAUCAUUAGUGACCGAGAUGUCCGAUUCACAAGUGAACUGUGGAAGAAGACUGCAGAACAGAUGGGCAGUCAACUUCAAAUCACUUCAGGGAAUCAUCCCGAAGCCAACGGACAAGCCGAACAAAUGAACAGAGUUGUACAACACUUGUUGCGGCAUUACAUCAAGCCCAACCAAGAUGAUUGGGAUGAGCAGUCGCCUCUCGUCGCCAGCCUGUACAACAAUGCUAUCCAUAGUAGUACCGGCGUUAGUCCUAAUCAGUUACACUUGGGAUGGAAGCCUAGAUCAGCACUAGACUUCCUCCUACCUGAAAACCGACCCGCUGCAACUCCAGGCACACUAGAGUAUGGUGUGCAGUAUGAGAAGUUGUUGCAAGAGACUGUCGAGCAUAUGAAGAAAGCUCAGCAAGCAAUGAUUGUUUCUGAGAAUCAACAUCGCAGACAGUCCACAUUUCAAGUAGGGGAACGAGUCUAGGUCAAGGCUAGUGAGUUAGGACAGGAGUUCGGAAUCUCUCGCAAACUAAUGCCUCAGUACUUUGGUC